UCCCAACGGAAGCGGAAGUCUCUGUGGCAAGCGAGCAGGAAGUGCUGGUUUCUGUGGUGGAGAUGGCCGCGCUGGCUCAGCUGCCCCCGCUGCCCCCACAGUUUAAGAGCAUACAGCAUCAUCUGAGGACAGCUCAAGAGCACGACAAGCGGGACCCUGUGGUGGCCUAUUACUGUCGGUUAUAUGCUAUGCAAACUGGAAUGAAGAUUGAUAGUAAAACUCCAGAAUGUCGUAAAUUUUUAUCAAAGCUAAUGGAUCAAUUAGAAGCUCUUAAGAAACAGUUGGGUGAUAAUGAAGCUGUUACACAAGAAAUAGUUGGUUCUGCUCAUUUGGAGAAUUAUGCUUUAAAAAUGUUUUUGUAUGCUGACAAUGAAGAUCGUGCUGGACGAUUUCACAAAAAUAUGAUCAAGUCCUUCUAUACUGCAAGCCUUUUAAUAGAUGUCAUAACAGUAUUUGGAGAACUCACUGAUGAAAAUGUGAAACACAGAAAGUAUGCAAGGUGGAAGGCAACAUAUAUCCAUAAUUGUUUGAAAAAUGGAGAGACUCCUCAAGCAGGCCCUGUUGGAAUUGAGGAUGAUAAUGAUGUUGAAGAAAAUGAAGAUGCUGCUGCAACCUCUCUUCCCACUCAGCCACCUCAGAUGCCAUCCUCUUCAGCCUACGACCCGAGCAGCAUCCCGUCAGGCAGCUACACUGGAAUCCAGAUUCCUCCGGGUGCUCACGCUCCAGCUAACACUCCAGCAGAAGUGCCGCAUGGGCCAGGUGUAACGAGUAAUACUAUCCAGCCUACUCCACAGACUGUCCCAGCCAUUGAUCCGGCACUGUUCAGUACAGUUUCCCAGGGUGAUGUCCGUCUAACUCCAGAGGACUUUGCUAGAGCUCAGAAAUACUGCAAAUAUGCAGGCAGUGCUUUGCAGUAUGAAGAUGUAAGCACAGCCAUACAGAAUCUACAGAAGGCUCUCAAGUUGCUGACAACAGGCAGAGAAUGAAGCCUUUGUACAAGAGAAAAUUCAUGUAUUUUUGGCAUAAGGAGCUAACGUCUGCUACUGUAUCAUCAGCCUGUUGGAAGCACAGUGUAAGGGAGACUUUAGUUCCAUUGAAUGUGACAAUGAAAUCUGUGUCUGUCUGAUUGCUGCUGAAGUAUUCAGCAGCAGCCUCGGCCAGUUUUCAUUGUCCAUUAAGUGAAUCCCAUGAACUUUGAUGUUAGCAAGAUCCUUAAAAAAUGUCAGUUGGACCCUACUUCAAAAAUUAAAACACCACUAUAAAAUUACAUUGAAAAUAAGCGUUUUAAUUCAGGUACAUUUAGGAAUUUUCUAAAAAUCAAUAAUAUUUGGAAAAACCACAUUCCUUUGCUAUAAAACUCUAAAGUUAACUUUUAAUAAAGAUUGCCCGAAUAUUCUGGAGAUCAUGUUUUUGUUUUCUGCAAACUUCACAAAAUUAAUAUGGACAUCUGAAAAUGUUAGGUGAAUCCAAUAGACAUUAUGUCAAAACCCCUAAUUUAUGUUUGUAUUAGCUAUAACUAUGAUACAAAUUUAAAGCUUUAUGAAAGGAAAUAAACAUGAGGGCAAAGGUUGAGUCACACUCAGACUCCAGUACCACAUUGGUUACCCCUGUCCACUGACGCUGAAGGUGGACUGGCUUUGCUUCAUGGGCAGUUUGACUGCAUGUAUUGGAAGAUGGAAAAUCAUGUAUACUAAUGCCUGGGGACUUGGUGCUCUAAGUGAAAGUUUUCCACAGCUGCCGUGGAGUUGAUUCCAGAGAAUACAGAUGAAGUGAUACUGAAGAUUGUAGGACUUCAGAUUCUCAGUCUUUAAGUUUAUAAGUUUUGUGGGGAAUUAUAGAUUUACUGUAUCACCUGCAUUUGUGCUGUGUAGAAAAUAAAUACAAGGAUUCUUUUAAUUUGUUCAGCUUACUAUAAAGCCAAAUGUGUUUUGAUUUGCAUGAUAAAAUUAUCUUUUUAAAACAUGUUUAUAUUUAUAGAAAUACAAAUGUUUCUGUAGUAAGAAACAGUUUGUUUUUUUGUUUUUUUAAGGUGAAUCUGACAAAUUUACCUGAAGUUUAUGUGUUCCCUUUUGUUUAUGGCACUUAGUUGGAAUCCUUUCUGUGUCAGCGGGCUGUGGCCCUCUAGACUGUUCACCUGUAGUGUAAAGUUCUACUGGAACAAAACCACAUCCAUUUA